GACGUCAGGUGAGCCAGGAGAUUCGUCAUUUAAACCCAGGCGGGAAAGUAGAAGUUUAUAUUGAAAGUGUCCGUCCCGUUUUGUUUCAGGUUGUGCGGUAAAAAAAGGUUAACAUGGUGAGGACGAAGGCAGACAGUGUCCCCGGAACUUAUAGGAAAGCUGUGGCUGCAUCUGCACCCAGGAAGUCAUUGGGUGCCUCGAGUUCUGCAAAUGCAUCAAGCGGCUCUCAAGCAGGCACGCCUGCUAAGAGUAAAUUUGCUGGAGGGAAUCCUGUGUGUCCUCGGCCCACCCCAACUUGGCAAAAAGGCAUUGGGGAUUUCUUUGGUGGGCCCUGCAGGGAGCCUGAAAAAGAGAACCAGCUCCCCCAGUCAGAUGAUGAAGAGGCUGGAGGCAGUGGAGUGUCCAAGGCAUCGAAGAAAUCCAGACCACUGCCUGCUGAAGAUGAGGAUGCUAAUGAAUGAGCUUUCCCAAUCGUGUCCCAAUUAAAAAGCCAUUGCUUCUAGUACUUGAAUGGGCUGGCAGAUUUUAUGUGUAUAUAAUUGAUGAAUUCGUGGUUUUUGUACAGAAGUUUAAUAAACCAUUUUUUGUA